GUUUAAAAUUUAAACCAAAAAAAAUCUCAGGAGCCAUGGCGAUUGCUUCAACCUCCACUCUUAUCUUCUCCUGCGCUAAACCCGAUCUCCGCCCAGUUCCCUCCCAUUUUCGUUCUUCUCCUCCGUCUCCGUCUCCCCUUGUCAGUCAGCUCCGUGGCCGUAGCUUAACCCAUGACCCGAUUUCUCUGUCGGGUCUCGUCGGAACCGGUUUGGUGGCUGCAACGUUCAUGGCGGGAGGAGGACCAGAUAGUACUGCUAUGGCUGCGGUUGAUGCUCUUCACCUAAGCGAGCCGGCUAAUGCGUUGUCGUUACCCACUUGGGCUGUUCAUGUUUCCAGCGUCGUCGAAUGGAUUACGGCGAUGGCGUUGGUGUGGAAAUAUGGAGAAAGAAAGGGUUACGAGUCAUGGAAAGGUCUCUCCUGGGGAAUGGUGCCUUUGCUAGGUGGAGCUCUUUGCGCAUGCACUUGGCAUUUCUUUUACAAUGCUGAAUCUCUUGAGGUGCUGGUCGCGCUUCAGGGAGCACUAACUGUGAUUGGUAAUAUUACUUUGUGCAUCGCUGCCUUUAGAAUUAACAAGUCUGCAUCCAAAAUGGAAACCUCUGAAGAGCCGUGAGGGCUAAACACACAUGCAUCUUUGUGUUUAAAAGAAGGUCAAAGGAAUGAUAUGUUUUCAAUAGUUACUGAAGGCAGGAAUCCGAGUGUAACGUUCUUGGAGAGUCGUGAGUUAGAGAAGCAAUUAGCUCUUUGGAUGUGGUAUUACCGGAAAGAUGAUUGUUUUAUAUCUCUUGAUUGCUCUAAACAUGUUUCUUGAGCGUGUGUGUAUAUCGCGUGUGUGUAUAUCUAUAUUAUUAGAAGUAUCAAAAUAAUUUUUUUUUGACGAAA